UAGGGCUCGCUAAUCGCCGAGCUCAGUUGAAAGAUGUUAACGGCUGAUAUACCACCAAAUCAGUCAAUCUACAUAAAAAAUAUCAAUGAGAAGAUCAAGAAAGAAGAGCUGAAGAGAUCUCUUUACUGUUUGUUCUCUCAUUUUGGAAGGAUACUUGAUGUGGUUGCGUUAAAGACUCCUAAGCUCCGGGGACAAGCAUGGGUUGUGUUUACUCAAGUCACCGCUGCUAGUAACGCUGUUCGUCAGAUGCAAAACUUUCCUUUCUAUGAUAAGCCUAUGCGGAUACAAUAUGCAAAAUCAAAGUCAGAUUAUGUUACUAAAGCCGAAGGGACUUUUGUACCGAAAGAAAAGAAGAUGAAGCAAGAAGAGAAAGUUGAAAGGAAGCGACAUGCUGAAGAAACUCAACAACCAAGCAUGCCUAAUGGCGCAACUACUCUGAACGGAAUGCCUGUGCCUCCUUUCCAGCCGAGUGGGCAAGACACGAUGCCACCAAACAACAUACUCUUCAUUCAUAAUCUUCCCAUUGAGACGACGAGCAUGAUGCUUCAGCUGCUCUUUGAGCAAUACCCAGGAUUCAAGGAGAUAAGAAUGAUCGAAGCAAAACCCGGAAUUGCGUUUGUGGAAUAUGAAGACGAUGUUCACUCUUCCAUGGCCAUGCAGGCUCUUCAGGGUUUCAAGAUCACUCCACAGAAUCCAAUGGUCGUCUCUUUUGCCAAAAAAGAGAAAUCUCUCUUCCUCGACGUUCUUCCCACUAUCUUUGGUACGCACAAAAAGAACAGAGCGAUGUCAAAGCUAGACCUGGAGGAGGUGAACUCGAUGCAGAGAGGCAAAGUUCAUGGGCCCUUCUUGGUGGAAAACAUGGUGUGCCAGAAAAACCACAUGUUGACCUCAAAGGGUAUUUUCUUGGGCAGUGACCCUCUCAAAUACGCAAUGCCACUUAUGUUGCUGCAAAUGUCCGUCAUCAUCAUCACCUCAAGGCUUCUCUACCGCCUCCUCAAGCCCUUGAAGCAAGGCAUGAUCUCUGCCCAAGUCUUGGCUGGGAUCAUCCUAGGACCGUCUCUCUUUGGCCAAAGCAGCGCAUACAUGCAGAUGUUCCUUCCCAUAAGCGGCAAAAUCACUUUACAAACUCUCUCAAACCUCGGUUUCUUCAUCCAUCUAUUCUUACUUGGACUAAGAAUCGACGCUAGCAUCAUUCGUAAAGCUGGUUCCAAAGCCAUACUCAUUGGUACAGCUUCCUACGCCUUACCAUUCUCCCUCGGUAACCUCACUGUCCUCUUUUUGAAAAAUACUUACAAGCUUCCGCCAGACGUUGUCCACUGCAUCAGCACAGUGAUCUCCCUCAAUGCAAUGACCUCAUUCCCGGUCACCACAACCGUCUUAGCUGAGCUUAACAUCCUUAACUCUGAUCUUGGACGGUUAGCCACAAACUGCUCCAUUGUCUGCGAGGCCUUUAGCUGGAUUGUGGCACUUGUUUUCAGAAUGUUCUUGCGGGAAGGGACAGUAGCUAGCCUUUGGUCAUUCGGUUGGGUGGCUGUUCUUAUCCUCGUGAUUUUCCUCGUCUGCAGACCAGUCAUCAUCUGGUUGACAGAGAGAAGAAGCAUUUCGAUUGAUAAAUCAGGCGAGAUCCCAUUCUUCCCGAUCAUAAUGGUCUUGCUGACGAUAAGCUUGACCUCCGAAGUUCUCGGGGUCCAUGCGGCGUUUGGAGCGUUCUGGCUCGGAGUAUCGCUCCCGGAUGGACCUCCGUUAGGGACCGGGCUCAUAACAAAGCUGGAUAUGUUUGCAACGAGCCUUAUGCUCCCUUGUUUCAUCGCCAUUAGUGGAUUGCAGACCAAUUUCUUCAUUAUUGGAGAGAGCCAUGUGAAGAUCAUUGAGGCUGUGAUACUCAUCACCUACGGCUGCAAAUUCCUAGGAACAGCAGCCGCUUCAGCUUAUUGCAACAUACAAAUUGGAGACGCAUUUUCUUUGGCCCUCUUGAUGUGUUGCCAAGGAGUCAUUGAGAUCUAUACAUGCGUCAUGUGGAAAGACGAAAAGGUUCUAAACACUGAAUGCUUCAAUCUCCUUAUCAUCACGCUCUUGCUCGUGACCGGGAUUUCGCGGUUCCUCGUAGUUUGCCUCUAUGACCCAUCAAAACGCUACAGAAGCAAGAGUAAGCGAACGAUCCUCAAUACGAGACAACGAAACCUUCAGUUCCGGCUCCUACUCUGCGUCUACAACGUCGAAAACGUACCUUCCAUGGUUAAUCUUCUAGAAGCUUCUUACCCUAGUAGGUUCAGCCCGAUCUCUGUCUUCACACUCCACCUCGUCGAGCUAAAAGGCCGAGCCCACGCGGUGCUCGUACCGCAUCACCAGAUGAACAAACUCGAUCCCAACACAGUUCAAUCCACUCACAUCGUCAACGGUUUCCAACGAUUCGAACAGCAGAACCAAGGAACCCUAAUGGCUCAGCAUUUCACAGCUGCAGCUCCAUUCUCCAGCAUCAACGAUGACAUUUGCACUCUCGCCCUCGACAAGAAAGCGACGCUCAUCGUCAUCCCGUUCCAUAAACAGUACGCGAUAGACGGGACGGUAGACAACGUGAACCCAUCAAUCCGUAACAUAAACCUUAACGUGCUAGAAAAGGCACCUUGUUCGGUUGGAAUAUUCAUCGAUCGAGGAGAAACAGAAGGCCGCCGCUCUGUCCUCAUGAGCUACACAUGGCGAAACGUCGCAGUGAUCUUCAUCGAAGGCCGAGAUGAUGCAGAAGCCCUAGCUUUCUCCAUGAGAAUCGCAGAGCACCCGGAAGUAAGCGUCACGAUGAUCCAUUUCCGCCACAAGAGCUCCCUCCAGCAAAACCACGCAAUAGAUACGGAAUCUGAAUUCUCAGAAUCUUACCUCAUAAACGAUUUCAAGAAUUUCGCGAUGAACAAACCGAAAAUCAGUUACAGAGAAGAGAUAGUGAGAGAUGGCGUGGAAACCACGCAAGUGAUUAGUUCACUAGGGGAUUCAUACGAUCUGGUGGUUGUGGGUCGUGACCAUGACCUUGAGUCGUCGGUAUUGUACGGACUGACAGACUGGAGCGAGUGCCCUGAGCUAGGUGUGAUCGGAGACAUGUUUGCGUCGUCGGAUUUUCAUUUCUCGGUGCUAGUGAUUCAUCAACAAGAAGGAGAUUCUCUAGCGAUGGAUAAUAGCUAUAAAUUGCCAGUUUCGCCUCCUAGGGUUGGGGAUCCAAGAGUGCACCCACGUUUCUCUGUUGAAGACGGAUUUACUUCUGUUGAUCUUCACAGCAACCGUUAAUUAGUCUCUUUUUUUUUGUUUAUUCAAUUUAAACAUAAAUAAUGGAUGUAAUUUUUAGUUUUUGUUAUUAACUACAGAUUGUUAAGUAAGCAGCAAAAAAGAGAAUUGAUGUUUACAUAGGAAAAGUUAGUCAAUACACAAGAAUUAGGCAU